AUGAUUUCUCUAUCUGGUAAAGUGAUUGCCAUUACCGGCGGCGCCUCUGGCAUCGGGCGCAGUACUGCGAUACUCGCUGCGUCUCUCGGGGCCAAAGUGUCCAUUGCCGACCUGCAGCAAGAAGGCCUGGAUGCUGUAGCCCAGGAAAUCAAGAGCGCCGGUCACGGCGAUGUAUUUUCAAUGGCCAUUGACGUCCGCAAGGCUAGCACAGUGGACACCUGGAUCCAAGAGACGGUCAAAUGGGGAGGGAGACUCGACGGUGCAGCCAACCUGGCAGGAGUCAUUGGGAAGUCUAUCGGGCUGAAGGGGGCAAGUAUGGUCAAAGAUAUAGACAGCGAAGAAUGGGACUUUGUCAUGGACAUCAACCUGAAAGGCCUGAUGCACUGCCUGCGAGCCGAACUGCAGGUCAUGGCCGACAAUGGCUCGAUCGUGAAUGCAUCCAGUAUUGCUGGCAUCAUGGGAAUGGAACGAAACGCUGCGUACUCUGCCAGUAAACAUGGCGUCAUCGGACUUUCACGUUCUGCCGCCAAGGAGGCCGGCGAGCAGAACAUUCGAGUCAAUUGCAUUGCACCCGGUGCCAUCCAAACACCCAUGCUGGCGCAAUCGAAUAAAAUCAAUGGCAAUGUCAGCGUUAAACAGUCAAACAUUGCGUUGACUCGAAAUGGUGUGCCAGAGGAACCGGCGAAUCUGAUUGUCUUUCUUUUGAGCGAAGCUUCGUCGUUCAUCUCCGGUGCGGUAUAUUCGAUCGAUGGCGGCUGGGCGUGUUAG